AUGAAUACAAUGCAAUUAAUUCUUGUCUUUGUUUUAUGUUUUUUUCUAUUGACGAUUGAUGGAAAAAAUAAUACAUGUCUUCAUAAUGAAACCAAAGGCAAACAUUGUACAUCACUUAUACAACGUUUUGGACAGCAAACAAGACGUCCAACAAAAUUACAAAAUAAAAAAUGUUAUGAUUUAUGUAUUGAAACAGGUUAUAAACAUGGAGGAUAUUGUUCAAUCUCAAAUGAUUGUUUUCGUUUUUGUUCUUGUCGUUAUUAG